GGGGCCGGGACGGUGCGUGGGGCAGUGGGAGGGCGCUGUGCCCACUGCCGAGCCGGGCGCCCCCCAGCCCCCCGCCCCGGUCUGGUCCCAUGGCCCUGGUCACCGUGAGCCGCUCGCCCCCGACCAGCGGCCGCUCCACGCCCGUGGGGCCCUCGAGCCGGGCAGCCGGGCAGAGAGGCCGACUCCAGCGACGACAGAGCUUUGCCGUGCUCCACGGGACACUCCUCAGACUGCAUGACGACGGAGGGGACGAUGGAGGGGGCGAUGGAGGGGGCGAUGGAGAGGCUGCUGAGGGCAGCCCUGAAGCCCCAGGGGAGCCCUUGGGGGAGGAGCAGCCCCUUGGGGACCAGACUGACAUUGGGGACCAGGUCGACACCGAGCACUGUGAUCAGAGUGUCCAGAAACAGGAGCAGAGUCGCCACCUGCACCUCAUGGUGGGGCUGCUGAGGCCGCAGGACGACAUCCGCCUGGCUGCCCAGCUGGAGGCCGCGCGGCCUCCCCGGAUCCGCUACCUACUGGUGGUCUCCACCCGAGACCUCCUGAGCCAAGACGAGACAGUCCUCCUGGGGGUCGACUUCCCCCACAGCAGCUCCCUUAGCUGCACUCUGGGCCUGGUCUUACCUCUCUGGAGUGACACCCAGGUGUACCUGGAUGGAGACGGUGGCUUCAGCGUGACGUCUGGCGGACAGAGCCGGAUCUUCAAGCCCAUCUCUCUCCAGACCAUGUGGGCCACACUCCAGGUGUUGCACCAGGCCUGUGAGGCAGCUCUGGGCAGCGGGCUGGUGCCAGGCGGCAGUGCCCUCAGCUGGGCCAGCCACUACCAGGACAGACUGAGCUCCGAGCAGGGCUGUCUCAAUGAGUGGAUGGCCAUGGCGGACCUGGAGUCUCUGCGGCCCCCGAGUGCUGAGCCCGGUGGGGCUUCGGAGCAGGAGCGGAUGGAGCAAGCGAUCCGGGCCGGGCUGUGGGCCGUGCUGGAGUCCAGCGACCUGGAGAGCGUCACUUCAAAAGAGAUCCGCCAGACCCUGGAGCAGCGCCUGGGCUGCCCGCUGCAGCAGUACCGGGACUUCAUCGACAACCAGAUGCUGCUGCUCAUGGCCCAGCAGGACCGGGCCUCGCUCAUUUUCCCGCACCUCUACCUGGGCUCCGAGUGGAACGCAGCCAACCUGGAGGAGCUGCAGAGGAACAGGGUCAGUCACAUCCUGAACAUGGCCCGCGAGAUCGACAACUUCUUCCCCGAGCGCUUCACCUACCACAACGUGCGGCUGUGGGACGAGGAGUCGGCGCAGCUGCUGCCGCACUGGAAGGAGACACACCGAUUCGUGGAGGCCGCCAGGGCGCAGGGCACGCGGGUGCUCGUGCACUGCAAGAUGGGCGUGAGCCGCUCGGCGGCCACCGUGGUGGCCUACGCCAUGAAGCAGUACGGCUGGGGCCUGGAGCAGGCGCUGCGCCACGUGCAGGAGCUGCGACCCGCCGCGCGCCCCAACCCCGGCUUCCUGCGCCAGCUGCACACCUACCAGGGCAUCCUGACCGCCAGCCGGCAGAGUCACGUCUGGGAGCAGAAGGCGUGUGGGGCCCCCCUGGAGCAGCCCCCGGGCCCGGAGCUCACCACCGUCUUACCACCUCUCCCGCCAGAACCGGAGAGCAGCGGGGAGGCGGCGGGGACUGGGCCGUCCGAGGGCCAGGUGGCCCCCUGCCAAGAGCCGGGGUCUCGGCCCCGCAUCAGCUUGCGUGGGAUCAUGAGGUCCAUCAGCCUCCUGGAGCCCCCCGCGGAGCUGGAGAGCACCCCCCGGGCGGAGGACCUGCCGGAGGUCUUCUCCUCAAGUGAGUCUUCGAAUGGGAGCCCGGCACCCUCCAAGGCCAGGGACCAGGGGCGGGCGCGCAAGGAGCCCUGGCCUGCCCGGAUGACCCGCCAGUCCGUGGUCGCCCUCAACAACGCCGCCCUGGUGGCCAGCCGAAGUCAGGCCUUCCAGGAGCAGGGGCAGGGACAGGCUGGCUGCUCCCCGGCCCGGGCCCGGAAGGUGGUGAGACAGGCCAGCGUCGAGGGCAGCGGGGAGGACGAUGAGGCCUGAGCCCUCCAGGCCUCUGCCCCCCUCUGGCAGGUCCCCAGGACACCCCAACACUACAGCCUCACCUCCUCCAGCCUUAAACCUCAGGCCUGUGCCUCCAUGCCAGGCUCCAGACUGCUCUGGGAAGGGGACAUGCAAAGGACUAAGAGCCUGGGACAGGGGCCAGCGCCAUAGUCUAGCGGGGAGGGCGUUUGCCUUGCACACGGCCAACCCGGGUUCGAUCCCCGACAUCCCAUAGGGUUCCCCAGCACCACCAGGAUUGAUUCCUGAGUGCAGAGCCAGGAGUAACCCCUGAGCAUCGCCGGGUGUGACCCAAAAAGAAAAAGAAGAGGCUAGGGACAGUGACACCCUCGCUUCAUUCUUGCUGCUCCCUAAGUCUCUCCGCGCGUGUGGAGGGGGCACCCCCACAAGGGGAGAGGAGCCUGCACUCAGCCUCCUUGCUGGCCCCUUUCCGCUCUGCACCCCACUGCUGUCUUCUGCUGCUGUGCCCCACUCCGUGCUCUGUCAUGGGUCAGAAGCUCCAGGCCAGUUUUCUGGCCUUCACGACUUUUCCAGAUCUCACGGUUUAUUCGU